GAAAUGAUAUCAAUACAAUAAGUCAAGACAUUCAAAUACAAAGACCAAAGUAUUACAUUCAUCAAGUUCAAUUUUCGAUAUUCUCAAUACCACAAGCACUUUCUUCCAACACAUCUCAUAAUGGGUCACUCAAACUCAAAACUUCAAACUCAUCAGCUCUCAGCUGGCGGAAUCGAAAAGGGAAUCCCACCCGUCAUCCGCGUCUCAUAUGAAUCUGGCUGGAGAAAAUAUGCCUGCUUCGCUCGCAUGAGCCUUCUCCUCAGCGGCCCUAACGGCGAGCCCAUGUACACACUCAACUUCGUCAAGGGCUUAUACGGCGACAUCAUCCUCCACAGCGGAUCAACCAUUGAUUCCCCACCACUGGCUGCUUCUGGCAGACAAUCAAGCUGCCGCGACGACUAUUUGAUCACAUUGCCUUCACUUUCCGGCAAUGGCCCUCAAGAGGAGAUCCUCCGUCGUCCUAAAGGGCUGAAGGGACGAUUCUGGUUUGCUAUUCAAGUCGGCCAUGGCCCAGACCAGCGCGUGGAGCGUUUCGAAUGGCGACGUUCUCGAGGCACUGAAGUCAAGAGCGUUGGUCAAUCACGCUGGGGCGGAUACAAGCUCGUCCGUCUCGGCAGCACAAACGCCAAGGAGGAAUACUUCCCAAGUGAAGAAGAUCUCCACGAUGGUAGCACCAAUGGAGAGGGCUAUACCAGCGAUGGCAAGGAGGUCGUUGCUGUCUGGGGCAGCACAAACUGUCUCAAGAGUUUGUCAGGUGUUGGAGAGUUUCAGUUCCGAGGAAGCGGUGCUACAGGCGAGUUGGGUCAGUUGUGGGCGUUGAUGGCUGUCAUGAGCUGCAUGUCGAUCUGGCAAAAGGUCCAGAGAGAUAAUGCUACAGCUGGUGCAUCGUCUUCAUCGGCUGCUUCGGCUUCUGUAGCAGCAUCUGCUUAGUCGAUGCCUCUAUUUAUAUUUUACCUUAUCAGCGUGUGUUUCUUUUUGUUCAGAGGAGGGUCUUAUGAUAUCCAUGUUGCGAUGAUGUCUUUUCCAAUAGAAAUUAGAGUACUUGAUAUUUGUUUUAUAAACAGUGUUCUACUAUGAGACUAAGUCAUAUAGUAAAUUUCGUGAUGUGUUUUCAACAGUUGAAGGGGUUGAGUAUUUGAGUCUAAGCUGUACCUGCCUCGUGCACGGCUCACGCCUCCACCACAGCUCCACAAGCCCGCAGUAAAAAUCUAGUGUCGCGAUAGCUUCAUCGCCCACAAAAAUUGACAAAAAAACAUACAACAGCGGGGAUUCGCUGGUCGU